AUGCCGGUAGCCGCUGCAGCCUCCACGUCCUUUUUAACAAUGCGACCCACGCCACCACCAGUGCCCGUGAUGCCCUCCAGCGAUACGCUGAGCUCCUGGGCCGUCUUGCGGGCAAGCGGGGACGCCCUGACGCGACCACCGCUGGUGGUGGCAGCAGUGGCUGGGGUGGUGGUGGCAGCGGUGGCUGGAGUGGUGGCGGCAGCGGUGGCUACCUCCUGUACCCCGGCCGGGGCAGCGCCCGCCGUCUGCCAGUUCUUCACCUCCUCCGAGUUGAUGCCGUCCGCCUCGUCAACGAUGAGGCAUACCGUGUCCCCGACGGCGGCCUCGUCACCGCUCUGCAGGAGGAUGCGGGCCAGGAACCCCUCCUCCGACACGUUGUCGUACGACACGAUGGCCUUGUCAGUCUCCACCUUGCACCACGUGUCUCCGGGGCCGACAGGGCCCCCCAACCUUCAUGACCCACUCCGUGAUCUUCCCCUUCUCCAUCGUAGGAGAGAGGGCGGGCAUCGGGAUGGGUGUGACGGUAAGGCAGCGAAGGCUCGCCAUGGCGCUGCUCAGCUGCUGAACCGCGCGUCGGCGGAGCAUCGAUGCUUAGAUAUCGAUAGAAAUAUGCUUGUGUGUAAGUCCCUGUAUUUGCGUACACCGAAGCGGCGGUGUAUCCUGGUUCUUGGUUGUAGUUUAUCUUCUGUUUUUAUUAUAUUUUUCAAUCCUUCCUUCGUUGAUUGCGUAUUUGUUUGCUUCUUCGUUUUAGUAGUUUUACUCUUCCAAUUUUUCCUUCUCGUUGUUGUCGUUGCCUAA